AUGGUAUUGGAAAGAGUUAUCAAAGGUAAACCCAGUGCUUUUUUCAUUGAUGGGUCGGGUGGUACAGGUAAAACAUAUCUAUAUCGAGCUAUUCUUGCUGCAGUUAGAUUAAAGGGAUUUAUUACUCAUGCUAUUGCAACAUCAGGACUGGUUGCAUCUUUCUUACCAGGUGGAAGGAUAGCACACUCACGAUUUAAGGUUCCAGUCAAAAAAGAAGAGAGCAUGACCUGUGCUAUUAGCAAACAAAAUGGUACUGCUAGGUUGUUUCGAGAAGCGAAUAUUAUAAUAUGGGAUGAGGCACUAAUGUCAAAGAGACAAUUGAUGGAAGCUUUUCAAGAAAUGCUCCAAGAUAUAAUCAAUAAUGGUUCAUAA